UCCGCUCAAUUCCGCUGUAAUCCACCAGCAAUUUCCUUCUCGGAAGCGCUCGGGCGCGUGCAGGUUUCUCCAUCCCGAUUGUUUAUGUUUCUGUUUUUUUUUCUCUUCUUCUGUUUCGUUUUUGCUAGACAGCCCCAUUCAUUUUUGUACUCACAGCGGGGGCAGUGUUCGUUCGUGUAGAGGGAAGGUUAGAGUGGAAAGGGAGGAGCUGACGCGACCUGACGGCGACGGCCAUGGAGGCGCGGUGCGCGCGGCCGUCGCACGUCCACCAGCUCCACGCUCACCUCCUGGUCUCCGGCCGCCUCCUCGGCGGCUCGCCGGCGCUUGCGCUCCUGCUUUUGCGCGCUGCCUGCGGCGUCCGUGCGUCCCCGUGCCUCCGUCCCCUCGCCCACCACCUGCUCGACCACGUUCCCCACCCGCCCCCGCACCUUCUCCACGCCGCCUCCCGCCUUGCGUUCCGCCUCCGCCUGACCUCCCUAGCGCUCGGCCACUACCUCGCUCUCCGCGCGGAGCACCCGGCUUUCCUCCCGCCCACCCCUGCCAUUGGCGAUGUGCUCAAGUCUGUCCCUGGCCGCGCAGCCCAUGCCCAUGCGUUACGUCUCACUGACGGAGACACGCGAUUCCUGCACAAUUCACUCAUCGCCAUGUACUUUUCCUGCGGGGAUGCCGGCCGUGCUCGUCGUGUGUUCGAGGGAAUGCGUGACUGCGACAGGGACGUUGUCUCCUGGACCUCUCUCAUCUCCGGGCUCGUGCAAAAUCACAGUCCCUUGGAAGCGUUACGGCUGUUUGCAGCGAUGAUGUGCUGUGAUGUCCGUCCUGAUUUUGUGCCGGUUGUCACAGUCCUCAAGGCGUACAUGGAGCUCAAUGACUUGCCAGGUGCCAAAUCAGCUCAUUCCUUGGUAGUCAAGGGUGGCUUUGAUGAUGAACAAGAUGUUGUGACCACACUGACGGCCAUGUAUGCCAAGUUUGGCUGCAUCAUGGCUGCAAGGGCACUCUUCGACAGGAUCCCGCCCCCACGGGUGAAUGUGAUCCUGUGGAAUGCCAUGAUAUCGGGUUACUCCAAGAACGGGCUUGCCAGCGAGGCAGUGUAUUUGUUCAAGCAGAUGCAGGUGUUUGCAAGGAGCAUGAGCCCUGAUUCUGUCACGUUGCGGUCGGUGAUCAUGGCCUGUGCUCAGCUCGGCUCCACCGAGCUCGCAGUAUGGAUGGAGGAUUAUGUACGCCGUAGUGAGUGCAGGGAGGAUGUUCUCGUGAACACAGCGUUGAUUGACAUGUAUGCCAAGUCAGGGAGCAUUGCCCAUGCGCGCAGAGUCUUUGAACAGAUGCGUGUGCAUGAGCGGGAUGUGGUAGUCUGGAGUGCAUUGAUCUCAGGUUACGGGGUGCACGGCCAUCUUGCUGAGGCCAUAGGCCUGUUUGAGGACAUGAAGCUCGCAGGGGUGAAACCGAAUGAUGUGACUUUCUUGGGGCUUUUGUCAGCGUGCAACCAUGCGGGCGCUGUGGAGAAAGGGUGGUUCUACUUUCAUUCCAUGAAACCUGACCACAAGAUCGAGCCUCGGCACCAACACUAUGCUUGUGUGGUCGACCUGCUUGCUCGUGCUGGUCAGCUUGACAGAGCAUAUCGAUUUAUACUUGACAUGCCCAUCAAACCAGAGAUGAGUGUAUGGGGUGCCUUACUUCACGGUUGCAAGAUGCACGAGCACUCAAACAUGGCCAUGGCUGAGAGGGCAGCACAGCACAUCUUUGAGUUGGAGCAGUCCAACGCGGGGCAUUAUGUGCAGCUGGCAAACAUGUAUGCGUCUGCAGGGAUGUGGAGCCAUGUUGCUGGUGUACGGGUCACCAUGAGAGAGAGGGGUGUCACCAAAGCAACUGGAUGCAGCUCCAUCGAGGUCGAUGGAAAGAUGCACAACUUCCAUGCCUGGGAUCACUCGCAUCCAAGGGCCGCUGAGAUUUUCGCCUUACUCUGCCUUCUUUCUCAAAGUCCAACUGGCCAUGAAAUGGGGCAUGCCAGCUGUUGAGUUCCUUUUUGUAGUUAGGAAAAACUCCUCAUAUCCUGUAAUACUUUCACAUAGUAUCUUGGCAGCCAGCAUUAA